AUGUCGUCCUCAAAUCCAAUCUCGCCUCCCGACCCCCAGGAUAUCUUGAGCAUUGCUCAGAUCGUGCAACCGCCUCAAGUCCCCCCGCAUCGUUCGCACGACCCCGCCAACAACCUCAAACGCACCGAUCCCUUCCAGUUCGGCUCGCGCUACCUCGAACAGGGCGACAACGUAUACGAGUUCAACGCCUGGGACCACGUCGAGCCGGAUGAUGAUUUCAAGGCGUUCGCCGAAAACCAGUACGCCAAGCAGCGCGAAUCGCCCGUCUCCGACUUCGACCGGGCUCGCUUCAACGCCGACCCCGCCAAGUGGUGGAAUCUAUUCUACAAGAACAACACGGCCAACUUCUUCAAGGACCGCAAAUGGCUGCGUCAGGAGUUUCCCAUUCUAGCCGACGUCACGACUGCGGGGGCAGGUCGCCAGGUCGUGCUGGAGGUGGGCGCUGGCGCUGGAAACACGGCGUUCCCGUUGCUGCUGAAUAACGCCAACGAAGAGCUCAUGAUUCACGCGUGCGAUUUCUCCAAGACAGCCGUCCAGGUGAUGCGCGACAGCGAGCACUAUAACACGAAGUUCAUGACUGCCGACGUGUGGGACGUCUCGGCCGUGCCGGACGAGAACCAGAAUGGCUUGCCGCCAGGUUUGACCGAGGGGUCGGUGGAUGUGGUGAUUCUGAUCUUCAUUUUCUCCGCCCUUGCUCCGAACCAGUGGGAACAAGCCAUUCGCAAUGUGCACCGUGUCUUGAAGCCCGGCGGUCGGGUUCUCUUCCGUGAUUACGGACGUGGCGACCUGGCCCAGGUGCGGUUCAAGAAGGGUCGGUAUAUGGGAGAGAACUUCUACAUCCGUGGCGACGGCACGCGUGUGUACUUCUUUGACAAGGAGCAACUGCGUCAGAUGUGGGGUCAGUGGACUCCCGAGAAGGGUCUGCCGGAGAAGAUAGACGAAGAGGCGGGUGCCACGGAUUCCUCUGCGGAGCCAGGAGCGUUUGAAGUCCAGAAACUAGCCGUCGACAACCGGCUGAUUGUCAACCGCCAACAGAAACUGAAAAUGUAUCGGGCCUGGAUUCAGGGCCAUUUCCUCAAGAAGGGAGAUGCUGCUCCCGAAGGUGACGAGAAGAGCGAAUCGUGA